AUGGGUACUAAAAUUGUUUUGCUGGGACUCCUUACUUUAACAUGCUCACUUGCCUUAGCUUCUGAUCAUAGUCCUCUUCAAGAUUUCUGUGUGGCAGACCCCAAUGCUCAAGUGAAAGUGAAUGGUUUGGCUUGUAAGGAUGCGAAGAUCGUUCAAGCUAAUGAUUUCUUCUUUGCGGGACUUCACUUGAUGGGCAAUACUUCAAACCCAGUUGGUUCGAGGGUGACCCCAGUUACAGUAGCCCAAUUACCAGGCCUUAACACUGUUGGCAUCUCAAUGGCUCGCAUAGACUAUGCGCCAAAGGGUAUCAACCCUCCCCAUACUCAUCCAAGGGCCAGUGAAAUCCUCACUGUUUUGGAUGGCAGCCUUGAAGUGGGGUUUGUGACAUCUAACCCAGAUAAUCUUCUCAUCACAAAAGUUCUUCAGAAGGGAGACGUGUUUGUGUUUCCAGUGAAUUUAAUCCACUUUCAGCGCAAUGUUGGACAGGGAAAUGCCAUUGCCAUCGCAGCUCUUAGUAGCCAAAAUCCAGGCGUCAUUACAAUUGCUAAUGCAGUGUUUGGCUCCAAACCUGACAUCUCAGCUGAUAUUCUGUCCAAGGCUUUCCAAAUUGAUCAGAAUAUAAUAUAUCAAAUUCAGAGCAAGUUUUAAACAAUCAAUUGGUUGAAGAGGAGUGAUUCAAUGGAGUGUUUUUGAAGGAGUGCUAUGUUUAUGCUCGAUAGCAAUUUAGCCUGUUAUUUUUCGUGUAUUUCUGAUUUGUACUUUCAAGAGGAUAAAACAAAUAAGAUCCGCAGAUUACAGCGGCAGUCAUUUUCGUGGUUGUUAAUUAAUUUCAUAGAAG